GAAGGGAGGAGAGGCGAUCUCGCUUCGUUGUCGCCCAAAUUAUUAUUUCAUGGCGAUUUGUGAUGAGAUACUCAAUAUUGGAUUGAAAUAAGUGUCAUUGUUUGGUGCUUGAUUUGUGUGCAAGUGUAAAUUCUACGCCUCCCUCGCUACUUGUGCAUUGAAUCCGAUUACAUUCCGACCGCUCCCUGCGUAUAGUACGUCAGUCAUCAAGUAUUUUUCAUGCCUGUUUGUACUACUUGCCGUCGGGGGCCGUAAUAGUAAAAGCUGUUGGAAAGUGCAUUCAUACGGGAAAUUGUUGGUGUAAAAAACUAUCCCACGUUCUAUAAUAUUGUGAGCGUUAUGAGGUGAUCGUGGAGUCUGUUCGUUUGGCGAGAUUGUAGCCAUUUUCGGUGACCCAAUUCGGCCAGCUUCAGCAAUUAUCAAGAGCACCUCAUAAUGACAUUACUUUUUAAUUCACCGCAUACCCAUUAACCAAUCAGCCCGAAGUUUAGACAUGAGAAGCGUACCACACCAGAAAUGGACGGCGUGAAGAAAAUACAUUCAGGAACACUGUAUCGCAACGGGCCGGUGGAGGGCGCCUACGGGUCGCAGCACAGUCCCGUGUCGCGGUCGGACGCCUCCACCGAGGACGCCGAGCUGUCGGCGGCGCUGGCCCACCAACACCAUCUAGCUAUGCAGGCGAGCGAAUACCCGGUGGUAGGCGGAGGCGUCGAUCCCGACUACGGGCAGUAUGUGUCGUCACCAGCGGCCCACUAUAACCACAUGGGACACCUGACCAUGGCACCAUCACAGAAGUACCCUCAUGUGAUGGACUCUGUCUCAGUGAGCGGAGGUGGGACAUAUGGCGGGGCGGGGGGCGCGGGACACUACGGCACCUACGGCCACUACGGAGCCACGGCCUACCAGGCGCAGCCCGCGUAUAUGGUGGAGCCCCCGCCGCAAGUCCCCGCCUAUAUGGGGCAGUAUGGCACCUACGGCCACUACGGAGCCACGGCGUACCAGGCGCAACCCGCGUAUAUGGUGGAGCCCCCGCCGCAAGUUCCCGCCUAUAUGGGGCAGGUGAGAUACAGCAGCAAUAUCCUCUGCUUAGAGUAG